AUGUACCCUCUCAACCUCGAACCAUACGCUGCUGGUGGCCACUGCGCUGUGGCCAUCUGCCUUGGAGAGACUCCCCUCAUUGACCCAGACAACGUCUGCGAUCUCGUUAAGUCUCUCCAGGAGAAGUUCACCGACAUCGCCUUCCUGAUCUGUGACGAAAUUCACAAUGGCCAGCUCUCGUCUAACUUGACUAUCCUGCGCUGGUCUCAGAUCGAAGACCAGGACUAUCAGAAGGUUUACGACAUCAUGUACCAAUACCGAAAGAACUUUGAUGAGGAACUCCGCGCAAGUUCUGGGUUCUACAUCAAGCGUCGCUUGGCUCUCAUGGGAUUCAAUUACGACAAUCGCCAAUAUACCACUAUCUUUCAUCCCGUUUACCCUCGGAAGAACCCUGAUGGGUCAGCGGGCAACGUCAACUCCGCGUACGUCUCCCCGAUCGACACUGUCGUGCAGGCCUAUCGCAACAAUUCUGAUGUCGUUGGUGAUAUCUCCCGCUCGGUUCCGCAUAUGGAAGCUGGCAAAGUCAGGCGUGUAUUCUUUGACAGACCCGUUCCAGAGGAAGUAAAGGAGAAGCUUUGCGCAAAUGGUCUGGAUGCACCUUUGUUAAAUUUGCUUGAAGGUUGGGCCUUCGACGACCAGUUGAUAGGAUAUGAUGAUGAGGAGACCUUUGCUGAUAAGAAGGCAUGGGCUGGUGGAUACUGUUUCGGAGGCACCAUGAUCUGGAGCAUCGACUUCCAACCCAGCGAUAACUCUACUGACGGUUAUGUCCCUGCCCUUCCAGAUCUCGACGGCAUUGGCGCGAUCCCCAAGGACCUCCAAGACAAGGUCCUUAAGAAGUGCGACACCGGCUUCUCCUACGACAACUAUGGAGACCUGCCCAAGCUUUGGUACGACUCUGGGGCUGAACAGUGGGCUGAUGCGUAUAUCAAGUCUCAGAAGGAUCACACCAACUGGGCGCAGAACCUUUAUCGCAAUUUGUUUGAGAAGAAGGAUCACACUAAGUUCUCUUGUGUUACGCCCAACUCUCAAUGUGACUUUGAGGCCUCUUGCGCUGAGUUCAACAAGGUUGGCAAGGGUGGACUUUACUACCUCUUCCAAUCGAUGUCGAGCUUCCAUACUUUUAUGAAGGCACUCAACCAACAGUACGAUAGCAAGAUUACUCUGCCCCUUGCGGCCGCCUCUGAGAUGAGACUUAUCCUUGACAUCAAGAGCGGUCUUCCUCAAACAACCAUCAACAUCGGUAGCGUUCUCGGUUCAGCCUUCAGCAUGGCCAACGCCAUCGCCGCACCACUCCCCGGUGUUGGUGGUCCCCUCGCAGGUAUCUCUGGCCUAGCUAGUAUGAUCAGGACCUUCACCAGUACAGUUGGUGGCAACGACAACGCCGUUGAUGCGACCGAUACUCUGACUUUUGCGGUCAAGACCGCAGCAGUCGAGAGGAAGAGAAAGAUUGCUGAUAUUGUGUCUUCAGUGUACGGUGACUUUGGAUAUGCGCAAGCCGAUCUCCCCAAGACAAUACUGCUUGGAGGCGCUGAUAACCCGGCCAUCAAGGUCUUUGGCUAUGGUGCGUGGUUGAGGGAUAGCGAUCUCACUGACCUGAGCGGCGCCGUGGAGCGAAUGUCCGACAAAAUGAACCAAGCUCUUCUGUGGCAGAUGGCCAUAUUUUUCAAGGGUUUCUACGUCGUGAUCCGAGACGAUCUCCCCAUCAACAGAUGCACCCACCCCAACAACACAUGGGAUGACCGAACCAACCGCUGUGUCGACAUCCUCUCUUGGUGGCCCAAGUCCGCAUCCGGCCGCGUCGGCAGCGAUCUCGCCAUGGAGAAAGUCUGGGCCAAAUGGAACAUGUCCCCCCUCUGGACCCUUCUCAACGCCGUCGAAUGCUGGGAAAACAAUGGCGGCAAGAUCGGCGAUGCUAAAGUCAAAGCUCUUCAGAGUGAGUGGGCUAACGGUGUUCCUCUUCCUUGCUUCUUCGCUAUGCCGGUUCUCAAGGGUAAUUGGUCUAAGGAUGCGGCGUCUGAUGGUGCGACUUGGCUGGCGGGUGAUUUCGUGGGACAGGAGGGGCAGGAUGGAAGGCUUUGGCCGAAGGGUAAGUGUGACAAGGCGAAUAAGGAACUUGAUCCGAUUACGGGUGGGCAGGUGAAGAAGUGCAGUAGUCUCAAUAAGGUUGGAGGAGAGGAAUAG